UGAUACACGCGGAAGUGUUGUAGACACGAGGCAGCCUUGCCGCUGGAAGCGUUUCCGCUAUGGGCUGCAACAAGAAGAAGAAGAAGAAGCAGCAGCGAGGUGGCGAUGACCGGCGGCCCCGGCUCGUUCUCAACUUCGACGAAGAGAAGCGGCGGGAGUAUCUUACCGGCUUCCACAAACGGAAGGUAGAACGGAAGAAGGCAGCCAUUGAGGAGAUUAAACAGCGGCUGAAACAGGAGCAGAAGAAACUCCGGGAGGAGCGCCACCAGGAAUACCUGAAAAUGCUGGCAGAGAGAGAGGAGGCACUGGAGGAGGCAGAUGAGCUAGAGCGGCUGGUAACAGCAAAGACGGAGUCAGUGCAGUAUGAUCACCCCAACCACACAGUCACCGUGACCACCAUCAGCAACCUGGACCUCUCUGGUGCCCGGCUCUUGGGUCUGCCCCUACCUGAGGAAGGGGACCGGGAUGGAUCCCAGGAGGAGGUGACAUCUACAGAGAAGCCAACCAGGGCCUUGCCCAAGAAGUCCAAAGACCCCCUUCUGUCUCAACGGAUCUCCUCUCUUACGGCCUCACUGCAUGCACACAGCCGGAAAAAGGUCAAGAGGAAACACCCCCGACAGGCCCAGGACUCAACCAAGAAACCACCAAGUGCUACUCGUACCAGCAAGAGCCAGCGCCGCAGACUGACAGGAAAAGCCCGGCACAGUGGGGAGUGAGUCCCAAGAACCCAGUGGGACCCCAGCCAAGGCUGCAGGCCUGUGCUGUCUCAGCUUGGCUGUCCCUGUAACCUAGUCAUACUGAGGGAUAACUCUGCAGCCCAAGCCUGGGAAAUCAGGACCUCUUCAGUUGGGGCCAUUCUUGCUUAGGAACCAUUGGGGCUUGUGCCUGGAAGGAAUAGGCAUCUGAGAACCCUGUCCCCAGGAUCCUGUGGGACAGCCUUGGGUAUCCUCACAAAUGUACAUUGCCUAGGACUCAUCAGAUUUGUGAAAUUCAUCAUAUGUGUGCUUGUGUUUGUCCUGGCCUUGAUACUCUGUGCCAGGGGUAGGCUUUUGGGGUAGGGGAAAUGCGCAGGAGUCAGGGGUCCCUCCUCCCAUUACCAGGUUUUCCUGGGGGUAUGAUGUGAUCUUGUCAGAUAUGUCCAUUGUAGAAUCUGGAGCCCCUAGCCAGCAUGGUAAUCCCAUCACCAAGGAGGGUAGGGCGGGAGAAUCUGUUCAAGGUCAUCUUCAGCUACAUAGGGAGUUUUACACCAGCUUGGGCUCUAUGAGGCUUUGACUUAAAAAAAAAAGAAGACCA